AUGAGUCUUGAGUCGCUGGACAAUGGAAAACCGUAUACAGUGGCGUAUACUGCGGAUUUGGCGUUAUCAAUAAAAUGUUUGAGGUACUUCGCCGGUUGGGCUGAUAAAAAUCAGGGUAGAACAAUUCCAAUUGCUGGCGACUACUUUUGCUAUACACGUCAUGAGCCGGUCGGUGUUGUUGGACAAAUCAUUCCGGUGAGUUUAGCGAUCGAUUUGCUGCUUCUUGUUUUCACGAAGGAUCUCGAUUAUGAUUGCUUUGAUGGUAGCGGUGAUCCGAUCAUGCAGAAGUUGAAGUGA